AGCGCAAGGGUUGGGCAGGACCUGGUUCCGUGCAACUUUCAAGUGAGUUGCAAACUCCGCCCCGGAGGCCGGUUCCUGUGGCCUGGUGCGCUGGGACCGCAGCGACCCUCAGGAGCGAAAGCUACGACCCACUACUCCAGUCAGAGGCCACUCAACGCCCGGUUUUCUGCCUCAGGAAGUGCGGGUCGCAGCUGCAACUGCCGAGCCGAACACUCGCGGGAGCCGCUCCAGAGUCGGCUUCCUGCGGCCGGGCCGGGGCGUCCAGUUCUCCAGGACACCGCGCUGUGGGAUCGGGGUCGGCUGUCAGGAUGGUGUCCUGGAUGAUCUGUCGCCUGGUGGUGCUGGUAUUUGGCAUGCUCUAUCCAGCUUACGCUUCCUACAAGGCUGUGAAAGCCAAGAACAUUCGUGAAUAUGUGCGGUGGAUGAUGUACUGGAUCAUCUUUGCAAUCUUCAUGGCGGCAGAGACUUUCACAGAUGCCUUUAUCUCCUGGUUCCCUUUCUACUAUGAGAUCAAGAUGGCCUUUGUGCUGUGGCUGCUCUCACCGUACACCAAGGGGGCCAGCCUGCUGUACCGAAAGUUUGUCCAUCCAUCCCUGUCCCGCCACGAGAAGGAGAUUGACGCGUACAUCGUGCAGGCCAAGGAGCGCAGCUACGAGACAAUGCUCACCUUUGGGAAGCGGAGCCUCAACAUGGCUGCCACAGCAGCCGUCCAGGCUGCUGCCAAGAGUCAGGGCGCACUGGCUGGCAGGCUGCGGAGCUUCUCUAUGCAAGACCUGCGCUCCAUCCCUGAUACCUCUGCCCCCACAUACCAGGACCCUCUCUACCCAGAGGAUGACGUGCCCCGCCGGAGACCACCCAUCAGAUAUCGGUCAGGGGGCCUACAGGACAGUGACACAGAGGAUGGAUGCUGGUCAGAUACUGAGGCAGCCCCCCAGCCACCGGCCCGGCCCCGAGAAAAGCCUCUGAAUCGGAGCCAGAGCCUGCGUAUGGUCAAGAGGAAACCGCUGGUGCGGGAGGGAACCUCCCGCUCCCUGAAAAAGACGCGGAAAAAGACUGUGCCCUCUGACAUGGACAGCUAGGGCCUGCAGACUCAAGCCCAGUCUUACCUCACACCCAAGGGCCCUGGAGGCUGUCUGCAGGGACCUCAGCUGUGCACCUGGCCUGUGCACCAGCCGCCUAUUUCCUGCAGAGCUGGGAUGAACCCACAAUGUAUCAAAGCCUUUGGGCCCAAGGUCCUAUUUAUUGCCUUCCGCAACCCUCUACCUUCCUGGGUGUGGGACUAGAGCCCCCCAAACCCUUGCUGAUGAAAUUGAAAAUCCUUACAACUGUGUGCAUUCCUUCUUGUCCUUCUAAGUACUUGACAGCCUUUUCCAAGGCCUGACGUGUGUGUCCCAGUUGUGUGUUUUGUGUUGGUGAAUGAGGUCAGGCUUGUGAAUGUUUUGAUAAAUAAAUGCAUAAAGAUA